GCUGACGUGUUUGAUCGGUACCGGUGCACCAAAACGGAGUAGUAUAUCGUAACCCAUCGAGCAAGCUGCAGCUCUGCUACGAUAACCCAUCACAGAACCUGGGAAGCUCUCUCACUACGCCGCGAAGCCAAAGGCCGCCGUCCGCCGUCCGCCGUCAUGGACCCAAGCUCCGAGAUCGUGUACGACAUGCCCGGUUUCAUACGCAUCCACAAGAGCGGCCGGGUGGAGCGCUUGCGAGGCACCGAGACCGUCCCGCCCUCCCCCUCCGGCGACCCCGCCAACGGCGUCGCCUCCAAGGACGUCGUCCUCGACCCCGCGGCCAGCAUCUCCGCCCGCCUCUACCUUCCCGCCGCCGCCGCCGCGGAGCCUGGCAAGAAGUUCCCCGUCGUCGUCUACUUCCACGGCGGCGCGUUCGUUGUCCACACGGCGGCCUCCCCGAUCUACCACAAGUACGCCGCGUCCCUAGCCGCCGCCGCGCCCGCGGUCGUCGUCUCCGUCGACUACCGUCUCGCUCCGGAGCACCCCCUCCCGGCCGCCUACGACGACGCCUUCGCGGCCCUCAGGGCGACCGUGGCCGCGUGCCGCCCGGACGGCGCCGAGCCGUGGCUCGCGGUGCACGGCGACGCAUCCCGUGUUGUCCUCGCCGGCGACAGCGCCGGGGCCAACAUGGCGCACAACACGGCGAUAAGGCUGCGGAAGGAAGGCAUCGGGGGCUACGGCGACAAGGUCAGCGGCGUCGCGCUCUUGCAUUCCUACUUCUGGGGGACUGAACCGGUGGGCGGCGAAUCCCCGGACGCCGCCUUCUACUACCCCGGCGACAUGGAGCGCGUGUGGGAUGUGGCCUGCGGCGGCGACUUCAACCGCGAUCACCGGUACAUCAACCCGGCGACGUCGCCGGAGGAGUGGCGCCAGCUCGGGUCCGGCCGCGUGCUGGUCACCACGGCGGAGUUGUGCUGGUUCGUGGAGAGGGCUCGCGCGUACGCCGAGGGGAUCAAGGCGUGCGGGUGGGCCGGAGAGCUCGAGUUCUACGAGACCAAGGGCGAGAGUCACACCUACUUCCUGUUCAAUCCCGACUGCGAUGAUGCCACCAAGGAGCUGGCCGUCGUGGCCGACUUCGUCAGGCGCUGCUGAGUUUGCUUCGCUUGCUCAUCCGGCUAUUUUCAAGCCUAUCAGUAGGAUCCUUAUGUGUAAUGCUACUGCAGCGUCUAGCGGCAUUGAAGUCUCUGACCUGUUUGUUGUAGAUAGUGUUCCAUUGAUAUGGACAGCGGUCCUGUUAUAGGAUUAGAGAAGCACGAGGAUUUCAUAUAAUUUUAUUACCUCUGAUUGUACUAGCCUUUUCUAAUCUUUGUACGAUUUGGAUUUUUAGACUUUGAAAUUAUAGAUGGGUGUGUGCAUCAAUCUA